AUGAGGUUGGAAGAAUAUUGGAGAAAAGAUGAAGAGUGCAAGGAAGUUAAAAAGGAAAACAGAAGUUUACUUGAAAAGUUGAGGCGAAAGGAACAAUAUUCAGAUAACAACAGUUCAAGUAGAAAGUCAGAAGAGGUUAUUGCAAGACUGGGACCCUGGACAAUGAAAGACAAUUAUCAAUCAGAGCUCCCUACAGAGAUGAAAAAUAUACUUCAUCAAAAUGAAGAACUGUGUAAUGAAAAUAAAAGACUGGAAGAAAAACUUAAAGCAAUGUUUCAAGAAAAAGCAGAUCUUGCAUUGUUGCAUUCUACAUCAGUUAAGCAAAAGGAAGAAGAAAUUUUAGUAGCAAAGGAGAAACUGAGGAAAGUAGAAAUUGAAAUGGAAUCUCUCAAAUCAAGUCUUGAAGACGCAGAUGAAAAAAUGAAAGAAGUGGAAGUAAUGGAAACAAUCAUACAACAGCUUCAUAAUGAAAACAAACAUCUGAAGGUCGAGUUAUCUACAAUGAAAAUGGAGAAUACGCGUUUGGAACCAUUAUCUAAACACGAAGAGAUCACAGAAGUGCAGCUAAGAAAUCUGAAGGCAGAAAAUCAGACUUUCAGAGAAUAUAUCUCUAUGCUAACGAAAGAAAAGGAGAGUGCAAAGGCAAAACUUAAUGAAGACGAGUAUAAACUGAAGACAACACAAGAAGAAAUGAAGCGAAAAGAGUUUGAGAUUCGAGAUCUAAAAGCACGAAUUCAGCAGGAAGAGGAAGAAACUAAAAUUCUCAAAGGGGAAUUUGCAUCGGCUUCAAAGGAGCACAAAUAUUCAAUGAAAUGGUGCGAAGAGACACAAGAAGAAAAUCGGCGUUUACAAGCGAAUAUAAAUCAGCUUCGUGCUGAGAACAGAAAGCUUCAAGACGAAAAUUCCAGAUCAAGAAAAAAGACGCUUGGUGAAACACAACAGCAACUUCAUUCGUCCUCGAGAAAUGAGUUACAACAAUUGGAAAGCAAGAUAGCGGAUCUAGUGAGUGAAAAUAACCAACUACAAAUGCACAUUAGUCAACUCUCCAAAGAGAAAGAUGACACAUUGAAAAGAGAUGCAGAAAUUCAACAUAAAUUAAUGGCAGAAAAUCAGAUUAUGCAAGAAAAACUAGAUCAACUUCGUGCUGAAAAGAGAUUGCUCGAAGACGAAGCUGUAGCCUCAGCAAGCAAAAAGCUCGGUGAAACUGACCAAGAGCUUAAAGUCAUGGCAACAAAAGUUCGACAGUUAGAAGAAAAGGUAACUCAACUAUCAAGUGAAAAUAACCACCUACAUAUGGAUAUUGCUGAAGUUUCUAAAGAGAAAGACAAUGCUCUCACAAGAUGUGAACAAACACAAGAAGACAAUUGGCAAUUACAGGCGUAUUUAGAUCAGCUUUCUGCUGACAACAGAAAACUUCAAGAUGAAAAUGCCAGAUCAAAAAAUGAAAUACUUGAAGAAACCCAACAACAGCUUCAUUUCCUGAGAACUGAAACACAACAAUUUGAAAACCGGAUAGAGGAACUAAAGAGUGAAAAUAGCCAACUACGCAUGCACAUUAAUCAAGUAUCUAAAGAGAAAGACGACACACACGCCACACUCAAAAGAAAAGCAGAAAGUGAGCAGAAAGUAAAAAAAGAAAAUCAGAGUUUGAAAGAAAAGUUAGAUCAACUUUGUGCGGAAAAAAGAUUGCUUCAAGACGAAGCUAGAGCAUCAGCAAGCAAAAAGCUCAGUGAAACUGACCAAGAGCUUAAAGUCAUGGUAACAAAAGUUCGACAGUUAGAAGAAAAGGUAACUCAACUAUCAAGUGAGAAUAACCAACUACAUAUGGAUAUUGCUGAAGUUUCUAAAGAGAAAGACAAUGCUUUCUCAAGAUGUGAACAAACACAAGAAGAAAGUCGGCAAUUACAGGAGUAUUUAGAUCAACUUUCUUCUGACAACAGAAAGCUUCAAGAUGAAAAUGUCAGAUCAAAAAAUAAGAUACUUGAUGAAACCCAACAACAGCUUCAUUUCCUGAGAACCGAAACACAACAAUUAGAAAACAGGAUAGCGGAACUAACAAGUGAAAAUAGCCAACUACGCAUGCGCAUUAAUAAAAUAUCUAAAGAGAAAGAUGACACAUACACCACACUCAAAAGAAAAGCAGAAGUUGAGCAGAAAGUAAUGGAAGAAAAUCAGAGUUUGAAAGAAAAGUUAGAUCAACUUUGUGCGGAAAAAAGAUUGCUUCAAGACGAAGCAUCAGGAAGCAAAAAGCUCAGUGAAACAGACCAACAGCUUAAAGUCAUGGCAACAAAGGUUCGACAGUUAGAAGAAAAAGUAACUCAACUAUCAAGUGAGAAUAACCAACUACAUAUGGAUAUUGCUGAAGUGUCCAAAGAAAAAGACAAUGCACUUACUAGAUUAAGUAAAGUCGCGGGCGCCAAGCUAACUCAUGGCAAUGCAGCAAUAACCGACCUUAGUGACACCAAUCGUCCAACAAAAAUAGCAGAAAAAUUCUCCGAGUUGUACGACAACCAGUGGACGGAUGCUUUUGAAGAACUUGACAAUACUUACAACAACGAAGAGGAAACUAUACAAGUUCUUCUGCAAAUUUUGCAGGUCUAA